AUGAUGAAUUGUCGAGUUAGACUACGGGAAAUAAUGCUGCUCUCGUUUAUGUAUCGUCAUACCCGGUAUCAUGGAUAUCGUCAUUCAUACUCCGUGGAUCCAGCGACAGUCGAACUGGCAGACAAUCCCCCGCCAUAUAUACCCUCCUCCGCCGCUCCCGACCAUCCUGAUUCCCCUCUAUCUCUUGCACCCCCGCCGCCACCUCGCACCAUUUCCGCCUCGGGCGGUUUUCCCGCAGCGUCCCCCCAUAACUCCGCAAUCGGUGAUCAGUCAGGCACAAGAGGUACUGGUGGAAUAUCGUCCAGACUAUCUCGCCGACGUCGCCGUAGUAUCACACCUACUUCUCGAGGUCUGACAAGCGAGGGGACGGGAGGUCUUGCGGGAGGUACGGCAAGCGAUACCGGCCAUCAAGAAACCGAGCAUCACACUUCAUCGGUGGGCUACACACCAUCCCCCAAGCGCAGGCGCCUGGCAAAUAUGCGUCCCGAUGGGAUAUCUAGUACAAAUGGCUCUUCCCACACCCUUAAUGGCUCGCCGGCAUCCCCGUCGCAGAAGGCGGCGUUCCCGUUAGCACUCAACGGUCAAGCUUCGCAUACAACAUCGAACGGAGACUUGCACACGAAUGGAUCACAAAAGUCAAAACUAAACUCUUCAACCUACUUCGGCCACGAUCGUGAAGAGGUUACGAGAAUCUUGAUACAAAGUCUGUACGAGCUCGGGUAUGACGGUGCGGCAUCAUUGUUGAGUAAGGAGAGUGGUUAUCAGCUGGAAAGCCCAGCGGUUGCAACGUUCAGAAACGCGGUUCUUGAAGGUCGAUGGGCUGAGGCGGAACAUAUCCUGGUUCAGUCAUUUAAUUAUGACCGGGAUGAAGGCAGGGGAGGGGGUCACGGCGAGCAGCUUGCCAACAAGGAGAGACUAGUCUUAGUGAAACAUGCUGAAAAGAACGAAAUGCUCUUCCAUCUCCGACAACAGAAAUUUCUAGAGCUGCUGGAGGCUCGGGAUUUGGGCGCGGCAUUAAUGGUUCUCCGCCAGGAGCUCACGCCCCUCAAUUAUGACAUUGGCCGUCUACAUGCUCUUUCAAGCCUCCUUAUGUGCCCGCCAGAACAUCUUCAUGAUCAGGCAGGAUGGGACGGACCCAUAAGCUCUUCUCGAGAACGUUUGUUAUCGGAAUUAUCAAAGUCUAUCUCACCUUCUGUUAUGAUCCCCGACAAUCGCCUUGCUAUCCUCCUAGACCACGUCAAGCAGAAUCAGAUCAAUCAAUGUCUGUAUCACAAUACUGCAAAUCCGCCUUCGCUAUAUUCGGAUCACAUGUGCGAUCGAAAAGAUUUCCCCCUAAGAACAGAGAUCCAACUUAAUGAGCAUCGAGAUGAAGUGUGGUGGUGUUCAUUCUCACAUGAUGGGACUAGGCUGGUCACAGCUUGCAAAGAUUCCACAGUGAUUAUUUACGACACGAAUACUUUCACUGUGCUUCACACACUCAGGGAGCAUACGGAUGGCGUUGUGCACUGCGAAUUCAGCCCCGACGAUUCCAAGCUCAUUACCUGCUCUCAGGACAAGACAGCCCGCGUAUGGAAUGUCGAGACUGGCCGCUGUCUUUUGACCAUAAAUCAUCAUCGGCAACCAGUGACAUCUGCAGCAUGGGCUCCAGACGGGGAGACAUUUGUCACAGCUUCUCUCGAUCUUAGCUCGCAGUUGUGCCAUUGGAGCAUGCGCGGCGGGCAGGUCCUGCACACUUGGCAUGGAGGGUUUCGUGUACAAGACUGUACCAUGACCCCCGACGGUCGGAGACUGGUUGCGGCAGAUUUGGAGGGGAAGCUGCAUGUCUACAACUUCGCCACGCGUGAUGAAGAAUAUUGCCUUACAACAAAGAGCAGGCCGACAUCAGUGGCUGUUAGCAAAGACUCGCGAUAUUUGCUCGUAAACUUGGCCGACAAUCAAUUGCAGCUCAUCGACCUUAAUACGACAGAUGUCGUACGGCGCUUCCAGGGGCAAAAACAGGGCAAUUUCGUUAUCCGCAGCGUCUUCGGAGGCGCUGCUGACAACUUUAUCGUUAGCGGGAGCGAAGAUUCUCGUAUUUAUAUCUGGCACAAGGAGAAUGGAACUCUCGUCGAAGUCCUGGAGGCACAUACACGAGGAUGUGUGAAUUCGUUAUCAUGGAACCCAUCUAAUCCGGGAAUGUUCGCCUCUGCAGGCGAUGACUGCAUGGUCAGAAUAUGGACCAGAGAACGCGAUACGCGAUCGAGUGCUGCAGCGGGUAAGCGCAGGGCCGUGUCAGGAAACGGAUUUGCCCGCACCAGUUCUCUGCGUUCGACAUCACGGUUUUAGAAGGUCACUCUCUCCGGGCUGCAGCAAUGCCUCGUGUUGCAUUUCCGAUUGUUGUUCCCCUUCGUCACUGAAGGGGACCUUCAAUCAGCUGAUGAGAGUUUCCCAUCUAUAUCCAGGUUAUCGCUGCCAGGCUCUUCACUAUCACUCACCCCUUGAUCCCUGCAUAUAAGCAUUUUCUGGUCUUUCCAGUGAUUCUACAUAAUAAAGGUGUGCAGGCGCCACUGUUUUGGUACACACUCGUAUAUGUUGUGCAUCGAUUCCUCCAACUACCUUUCUCCGCUCAAUUAUCUCAGCAUUGCCCUGUCAUACCCUAUCACACAUUGCAGCCGCAUUCGCCAUGCGCUCAUCUACAUACAACGACUUCACCUGCUAGUUCCCUCUUCACCCCUCCUCCCUGCGGAGCUGUUUUCUUCUCUCCCGCCUUCUUUCUUCUUUUU